UCCAAACCCACUCAAAUAACCAGGCUCUUCGCUCUGACAUUACAAGCAAAUUAGCACUAAUAACAAGGGACUCUGGGAUUGUAGGCCAUUCCCAACAAGCUGGUUGGACCGUGCUAUCUAUCUAUUCCGCUAUACCACGGCUAAUCGGCGGCAAACCACACCGCAAGAAAACACGACGGCAAAAAUUACUGGAACUGAUUAUUGCGUUUAAUAGACGAUCAUAACUGUCGCCUAGGACAGGGCUAUUCAGGCUGUGCUCUCCUGUUUAUUGUUAAAUUGCUCCUCAUUACUUGGACGUUCGCCCGCAAUGUGUGUUAAUCUCCAAACUUCAAAACUUUCGGAUGCCAACUAAGAAUUCCGGAUUAUCCCUUGGAGUACUGGCCAAUUGAUAUCAAUUUUUUUUUCGGACAAAGGAUUAUCGGAUUAACGGAUUCACGGUUGGUUGAGAUGAAGCAAGCCAAGCGUGGUUAGUAAAGUUUGAUCACGUGAUCACAAAGUAAAGUAAAAAAACAACAACGAAAUCUUCACGUUGUUGUUGCUUCGUUAAAUUAAAUAACGAAUUGUUCUAUAACUUCGUAAACCAUGUCUGAAAAAAGCGGAUGAAAACACAUCUUCAGAAACAUAUUCCAAGGAUUUGUAUGUGCGUGUUCAAUUUUAACCACCCGCUGAUGAAGACAAAUUUCAGAAACAUCCCGCCCAACAAAAUAUAUCGUGCCAUGUUUUAGAUAGGGAAUACAAACACCACUUUACAGCUCUAUAACCAGUGAACGCGUGGAUAGGUGAAUUCAGUUUUGUUCACCCUUCGAGCGCGGGUUCGAAUCCACCUGGCGCUGGUCAUUUCGUGCUGUGCCCGUGUGCUCACCACCGCUUCACUACGGCCAUUUCACCUGGUGUUGAGGCUCUCCUAGGGGAAAGAAUUGAGGACCAAAAGUACGUCGUGGAGCCGCCAUUUGGGCCGUGUGGGAACUCGUACUUCUCCCCGAGUUACCGCCCGCCCCUGGCGACAAUGCUGAACAUGGCUUCCGGGAUGGACAGCCUGGACCAGGACAUGAUGAAGCAGCAGUCCGCCUUCAUGGAGCUUCAGCAGCAGUCAGGGGGGCUCCCCCACUCCAUGGGCCACCACCCGGCCUACCAGAUACGGUCGCAGUACGCGGGGGGCCACCCCCAGCACCCGCAGAGCCACGACUCAGUUUUUUCGGGGCCCCAGCACGGCAGGGGACUCGGGUACCCGUUUGGGAUGAACGGGAUGUCGGGAUCGUACAAUACAGCCCCGUCUCAUCCGUUCUCUGUCAGUCCUUAUCAGACGCCGUCACCCCCACGAGAUGACAAAAGUCAAGUGGACGACCAGUUAAGGAUAAACGGAAAAGGGAAGAAGAUGAGAAAACCGCGCACCAUAUACUCCAGUCUACAGCUUCAACAGCUCAACAGAAGGUUCCAGAGAACUCAGUACCUUGCACUGCCUGAACGUGCGGAGCUGGCCGCGUCUCUUGGACUUACCCAAACACAGGUCAAGAUCUGGUUUCAGAACAGGAGGUCAAAGUACAAGAAAAUCAUGAAACAGGGCGGCGCCCCUCCACCCCAGCCCCCCUGCUCCCAGCAGUCGUCGCAUCAGGGCUCAGCCCCGUCCCCGCCACAGUCCAUGGUGGGGAGCAUCAAACAGCAGCAAGCCUCGUUCCUCGACGAUGGACCACAGGGGUCGGACAUGCACCCCGGCUCACAGGGGUCGCCCACCCCUCAACACAGUCUUCAACACCCGCACCCCCAGGGGACGCCGACCCCGAUGAUGUCGGCGUCGUCGCCCAUGAACCAGCAGGGCAACGUCCUGUCGUGGUCUGAGCUCAACUCCGGCCCGCCCUCGGGCCACCCCCACGGGCAGCACCACGCCCACCAGCAGAUCGGCAACGCCUACAUGUCUCACUACUCCUCCUGGUACAGCCAAAACAACCUGCAACAUCAGCAGUCGUUACUAACAUAAACCACAACCCAGCAUCUCACACACACCAAAAAUUACAACAACAAAAAUGCUGUUGCGUCAUUGAAUUGUCUUAACCAUGACGUCACCAAAAAAAAUCCUCGUCAUCGACCUCCAUUACAGACUGACGUCACACAUUUCAAUUAUCACAUUUUGAACUAUAUCACUUAUAACUGUCAAUUCUACAAGAUUAGGGAGUGUCUAUAGUACUCAAGCACCCCUUAAACCAUUUUCUUUUUCCGCACACCGGAAAAAAAAACCCUAUACAUUAUAACGAGAAAUACAACAUUGAAACUUGUAGCAUGAAGUCUUGAUGUACAAGACUGUGUGAUAAAUGGACGAAACGGAACUAUGGGAUGCAUGGUGUAUGGGAUCGAAUGACGUCAUAUCCGGAAGGAAAUUUUUACACAAAAAUUCACCCAAUCGGGUGACAGUUCUACUGAACAAUUAGCAGCUGGUAAACUGUACCUGUUUGAUUUUAAUUUCUUAAAUAAUAUAAUUCAUUAUUAGUUUGUGAUUAUGAUUAGUUAAUUAAUUAUUGGACUAAAUAAGCCUGGUUUGCAUCAGCAGGAAAAAUGUUUUCUUCUUCAGUAAUGACGCGCUAUUGAAGAUCUUUCUUGGACAAUGCACACAAUUCAUUUAAAAUCAAAUCUUCAAUAUUAAUGACAAUGAAAAAUAAUCAUAAAAAUGUAUUAUAAUUACAAUUAUAAUUUUCCUUCAUAAAUAUUGUACAAUUACUAAUGUGUUAAUUUUAAUUUUAUUCAGCCAAUCAGAAGUGCUAGUAUCUUGGUCGAGCAAAUCUGCCUUGUAUGGAGUUAUGUUCAAAUCGUUAUAUUUAUUUACAUUUCUCAAUGUCGUUUUGUGCUUUGGAUAUGUUUUUGUUGUACACUUGACCAGGCCUGACCUACAUGUACCCAUGGUAGAAGUUCCUGGGACAUGUGCCCAUGAUAGAGGAUUCUGGAACUUGUGCCCUGAUAGAAGUUAUGGGACAUGUGUCUUGAUAGAAGUUCCUGGGACAUGUGCCCAUGGUAGAAGUUCCUGGGACAUGUGCCCUGAUAGAAGUUCCUGGGACAUGUGCCCAUGAUAGAAGUUCCUGGGAUAUGUGCCCAUGGUAGAAGUUCCUGGGACAUGUGCCCUGAUAGAAGUUCCUGGGACAUGUGCCCAUGGUAGAAGUUCCUGGGACAUGUGCCCUGAUAGAAGUUCCUGGGACAUGUGCCCAUGGUAGAUGUUCCUGGGACAUGUGCCCAUGAUAGAAGUUUCUGCUACAUGUGCCCAUGAUAGAAGUUUGUGAGACAUGUGCCCAUGGCAGAAG